AUGAAGCAGUUCAGGUUGAUUAACGCGGUUUCCGCAUCGUUCGUGCUUAUUGGCUUAGUGAUGGCUAAUUCGGACUCAGUUUUUGACAAGUGGACUCAGAAGGACCUGGCCGAUUACUUACGCGACAAUAAGAAGAGCUUGGAGAAGUACGCGACGGACUCCAUUGAGGACUUGAAGAAGGAGGCGUCGCAGGUAUGGGACAAGCAUGCGCAGCCAAAGCCAUGGUGGCAGGUGUGGUCUAGCGACGGCGGUAGCAGCAGCAACUCUGGAUGGUUCGGCAAUUCUGCGUCUUCAGAUCACCCAGUGUCCGACUGGCUGUUUGACACCUGGUCCACGGACACUCUCCGUAACUUUCUAAAGAAGAACGGUGUAGACGUGGACGACCCUAAAGCGUCUAAGGACUCAUUGGUGAAGACAGCCAAGGAGAACUUCAACAAGAUCUCCAAGUCGUUGAAGUCGUCAGGUUACUAUCCUUCCAGUUCCUACUUUGACAGCUGGUCCACCCAAGACCUGCAGAACUGGCUGAACGACAAUGGUAUUGAUUACGACCAGGCUGUUCAGAACAAGAACGAACUGAUCAAGAAAGUCAAGGAAAACAUUUACCAAACCUCGGAAAAGGCGGAACAGCAGCGCCUAGGCUUGCUUGAAAGUCUGGACCUCGCUCACCAGCAAAUCUUGGACACCACGGGCCAAAUCAAGGACACCGUCUUUGAUAAAUGGUCCAGUGAUCAGUUGACCAAUUGGCUGGAGAGCCACAAGGUGAAAAUUGACAAGGACAUGGCCAAGAAGCAUGACUACUUGGUUAGAACCGCCAAAGACAACUGUGCGAACCUGAAGGAUGAUAUCUACUGGUACUUGGACUAUAUGAAGAGAGAAUCCUCUCCAUUCCUGACCAAAACUCCAGAAUAUGUCGGUUCCGUUUGGGACUCUUCCAAGAACAUGUUUACUAGUUUGUACUCCAAGUUCAGAGGCAAGACUGGCGAUGUGAUCAAUGACACCUUCCUGGUUGGCCUCGACUCGUGGCCAAAAGAUAAGUUAAAGAUGUUUUUGGAUGCUCGUGGUGUCAAGUACUCAAUGUUGUCCACUGAAAAUCAAUUGAAAGAGUUGGUCAAGAAGUCUAGAAAUGAAAAACUUCAGAUAUUACCAAAGGACUAUCAAAAGUACUUUGACAACAGCAACUGGUCUUUGAAAGAUAUAAAGAAUUGGUUUGCUGACAAGAAGGACGAUUUCCAGGAUUCUCAGGUCUACUCGACAAUCAUGCAAGACUUCGACAAGGUCUCCAAAAAUACGAAUGACGCAAAGGAUCAAAUCUCUAAAACCUGGUCAAACACUUUCCAGAGCUGGUCCCAAGAAGAUCUGUCACAGUACUUGAAAUCCUUUGGUGUUCCGGUAAAGCAAUCCUCCACAAAGGAUGACUUGAUUAACUUGGCCAAGCAAAACACCCAAUGGCUAUUUGGAACUGUUCAAGAACCAACCUACAAGAGAUAUCUGCACAAUAUCCAAAAUUGGUCAAAGAGUAUACUGGGGUUCCAUUAG